AGAACUCUGUCUUGUAAGCUCUUUUAGCGCCAGGCCGCCAGCACAACGCAUCCGUGCUUUAUACGAUACGUCUCUGAUCGGAAGAAAACCCCAUGUCCGCUCUACCGCGCCGCCGGCAAUUAUUGCGACGCCGCAAGGUUAGGACGCGCGCCGCCCGCAGAUAUAUAUACUUGAAGAGAGACUGCAGUAGCUUGCACUAGCACUUGCCCGUUGGUCGAUCGGUGUGAGCUCAGGCUGCCACUGCCCGCUGCGAGAUGACCGCGAGGUCGGCGCUGCUACUGCUAGUGCUUGCCCUGGUGGCCGCGUACCAUGGCGGAGAAGCAUGCGCGAGCGCCGCGGGGGCGGGGAUGCCGCCCUGUCUGAGCCGGGCGUCGUUCCCCAAGGGCUUCGUCUUCGGGACGGCGACGUCGGCGUACCAGGUGGAAGGCAUGGCGGCCGGAGGCGGCCGCGGGCCAUCCGUAUGGGACGAACUUACCCACAUCCCAGGGAUGAUCCCGGGAAACCAAAAUGCAGACGUUACCACAGAUCAGUAUCAUCGCUACAAGGAAGAUGUCGACCUCAUGAAAGGACUCAAUUUCGAUGCCUACCGCUUUUCUAUAUCCUGGUCUAGAAUCUUCCCAGAUGGUGAAGGGCAAGUUAACCAAGAGGGUGUAGCUUACUACAACAGUUUGAUAGACUACCUGCUUCACAAAGGCAUCACUCCUUAUGUCAAUCUUCAUCACUAUGAUCUCCCUCUUGCACUUGAGAAGAAGUAUCAAGGCUGGUUAAAUGCAAAGACAGGGGAUCUAUUUGCAGAUUACGCAGACUUCUGUUUCAAGACCUUUGGUGACCGUGUAAAGAACUGGUUUACAUUCAAUGAACCAAGCAGAGUUGCGCUUACUGGUUAUGAUAACGGGUAUCAACCUCCUCAAAGGUGCACGAAAUGCCCUGCUGGUGGGAACUCAGCAACAGAACCUUACAUUGUUUCUCACAAUCUUCUCUUAGCACAUGGUUAUGCAGUUGCAACAUACCGGAAUAACUAUCAGGCAGCUCAGCAAGGGAAGAUUGGAAUAGUUCUGGACUUCAGUUGGUACGAGGGGCUUACCAACUCAACUGAGGACCAAGCAGCAGCUCAAAGAGCCAGGGACUUCCAAGUUGGUUGGUAUAUGGAUCCACUAAUUAAUGGACAGUACCCAAAGACCAUGCAAGAUAUUGUGAAAGAGAGGUUGCCCAGGUUCACUCCGGAUCAAGUUAAAUUGGUCAAGGGCUCAUGGGACUAUAUUGGGAUAAAUCACUACACAGCUAUCUACAUGACGCAGGAGAAAUUGCUGAACCAGACGCCAAUUAGCUACUCAAAGGAUUGGCAGGUCCAUUAUAACUAUGAGCGAAAGGGCAAACCGAUUGGAAAAAGGGCGAACUCUGAUUGGCUCUACAUCACCCCGUUUGGGAUGUACGGAUGUAUGAACUACAUCAGGCAGAAGUAUGGAAAUCCAGCAGUUCUCAUAAUGGAAAACGGAAUGGAUCAACCUGGGAACCUUACCCGCGAUGAGUAUGUGCAAGAUGACACAAGGGUUGGGUACUACCAGAGCUACCUCAGCGAGCUGAAGAGAGCCAUCGACGGCGGUGCCAAUGUGCAUGGCUUCUUUGCGUGGGCUCUCCUCGACAACUUUGAGUGGCUCUUGGGUUACACGUCCAAGUUCGGCAUCGUCUACGUCGACUUCAACACUCUCGAGCGCUACCCGAAGAAGUCGGCCUAUUGGUUCAAACGCCUGCUGGAACACUGCUGAAGUGCCUCUGAAUUAGCCAACCUGAUGUUAUUGUCGUCAUCAUGUUAAGCACUUUUGCUUCAGUGCACCCCUUUCUUCUAAACUUAAACACAUCAACAGUCCAGAUCUUUUCCCCUUCAUAAUUAAGGGCACGAUGGGCAUUAAGGAAUAAUUAAGAGUUAUGUGUAAUAACCAUAUUAAAACCCGUAUGACGCACUUGGAACGUAUGACCGUAUUGUACAUCAUUAUAUAUGACCGUAUUGUACAUUUGUUAUAUAUGACCGUACUGUA